UUCAUAACUACAGUCUUCAUUUGAAGCCCAAAUUAAAGUAUGCAGACGGGGCAGGCUGCCUGUGGACCGCCGCUUCUCACGGAGUCUACAGCCGGGCUGAGAGCAGACGACGCAGAGAUGUGGGACAGCCCCGAUCGGAGGGUUUUCGGAGGAGAGAGGAAGAUGCUGCUGAUGCUGAGGCUGCUGCUGCUGCUGCUGCUGAGCGCCGCCGGCUGCAGCGGGUCGCUGUAGUCAGUCUGCACAGAGCGGAGGGAAGCUACUCCAACACCGCCUGUAUAGACCGGUUCACUCACGCUGACCUGGACCAUGAGCAAUGAUUUGCCUGUUCUGACAAGUCUGACUGAGAACUCCACUGAUGUGCCUGUGUCAGCGGGCCAGGUGGAGAACUAUGUGCUGCUGUUGGUGCUGCUGAGUGUUUUCGCCGGGGGGAUGCUGGUCCUGCUCUCCCUGCUGCUCCUCUUCUGUCACCGCUGCUGCAUGGGUGGUCGACGCUACUCCAGAGCCAGCGAUGACCCUGAGAAGACAAACACCACUUAUGCUGAGGAUUCUCAGCCCACCCAAGAGAUCACCAUUCAUAUGGAUGAAUCAGACGCUCUCUCAGCUGUGAGCUGUCACGAUGGAGAGUCAGAGCGAUUUGUCUCCACUGGCUCUACUGGACGCAGAGUCUCCUUUAAUGAAUCUGCACUUUAUGAACAGGAGAAGACGACUCAGGACAAGGGACGCAGAUACACUCUGACGGAGGGAGACUUCCACCACCUGAAAAAGGCUCGGCUCACCCACCUUCACCUGCCUCCAGCCCCCUGUGACCUGAAGAUCCUCACCAUCAUGGAGUGCGACUCAACAGAGAGCAGCACCAUCAACAUCAAUGAGGCUGCAGCUCCCAAACUGCCCCUCACCAUCUACCAGCCUGCCGAGAGAAGAGUCCCCGACUGGGUGGGACCGAGCCUCAGCGGAGGACUGCCUGGAGACCCGCACCACUCCACCAUCCUGGACCAGGGCCCCAGACAGGCAUCAUCAUCCAUGAAAGCACACCACACACGCUCCCAGACAAUGGAGGCUAUCGGGGACAGGGGAGAGGCUGAGAGCGAAAGGGGGAUGAGAGGAGAGUUGACUCAAGCUCCGGGCCAGACUUCAGUUCUACAUUUCUUCUCUAAACUGCGACGCCAUGCCAGUCUGGAGGGGGCGGGGCCUUACUUCAGGAGGUGGAAAUUUGACAGUAGUCACCGGGCUGCCAGCCUGGAUGCCAAAGGAUCCCCGAAGAGAAGGCCCUUCCAGAGACAGAGAGCUGCAAGUGAAACCACUGAUCACACCGAAGACGACUCUGCAUCUCUCCAAGAUGACUCUUUCCCACACUCCCCCAUCCAGACCAGUGGCCUACAGUCUCUCUCCGCAGAGUCUCUGUCUCACCACAACACAGUACCCACAUCCUCAGUCAUCCUCAGCAGGCUACAGCUGGAGGCCAUGGUGGAGGUAGGUGGUAGCAGUAGCACUGCAAGAGGGGAUCCCUGUUCACCAACAAAUGAUUGUCACACCCAGAAACAAGAGGAGGUCACAGCCAACGGGACAGGAGUAGAAAAAGAAACAAAGUUCAGUGCACUUAUAAGAACAGAGGCAGAGGGAGUUGAGCUAGAGUCGGUGGAAGAUGAUGACUUGUUUGGCGCACAACAAGAAGCUGCAGUACAGCAAAGGUUUGAGGACAUGUUAAGGACAACAAAGACAGACUGCAUGACGUCAGAUGUGAGGAAAAAGAGCGAGGCAGAGGCAGAAGAUGGAGAUGAGGUGGUGUUGGGAGCUGAGGCCAGACGAAGGACCGACUCAGGCUCAUCUCUUACCUUCAUGAUCCGCCAGGAGAGCUCGGAGGCUCCUCCCUCCCUGUACAAGGACAUCUGGAGCUUGCGAGCCUCUCUGGAGCAAUACGCCUCUUCAGACCAGAGCAGCACAGAUCGGGAGUCCAUCCGCAGUGAUGCCGACAGCGUCUCAUCCUUUGGUGGUGCAGGAGCUCGCUCUGGCCUGGACAGCUGCUUGUCCCAAGACCUGGACGAUGAGCCUGAAGGAGAAGGGGAUGGAGAGAUGUUGGAGGGAGGGAUCAGAGGGGCGUCAGGUGGGGCCAGUGAGGUGGGGAGUGGAGCUGGAGGAGAGGGUGAGGCAGGGAACCGUAAGCUCCUCCAGAUGGACAGUGGCUAUGCCUCCAUUGAAGCACCAUCCAGGGCCCCUGAGGAAAUGCGACUUUUUGGGACUCCUGGAGCUCCUCGAGGGAAGACGGCUUCUGAGAGAAGGUUGUUCUUCACCAGCUCUGGGAGAAAAGGUUCGGUGUGCGAGAGCAUUGAGGCCCGGCUGUUUCAGGAGGAGCUGGAGGAUGAGAUGGCCGACAGCACGGAGACAGAGGAGAAACUAAAGGAGAGAUCUAAAAAUGGCGGUCAGUCUCUUACCCUUCAAGAACCGCAUCAGCUUCUUAAAUCCCUUCAUCCUCAGAAACCUCAAGAAUCACAAUCGCAGCUGAUGUCUCCACUAAUGAAGCCAAUCUCACAGCCCUCUAGUCCUCAUAAGCCCCGUCUCCGCCGCCGUGACUACAGCAUCGAUGAGAAGACAGAUGCUCUUUUCAAUGAGUUCCUCCGCCAUGAUCCGCGCUUUGACCAGCAGGAUUCUCCGCUGCGUUCCAGGCACCGAUCCAGAGUUCACCUCCGGAAACAGUGGCAGAGACACAAGCAAUACAGUGACCCAGGGUCAGGUGCUGGGGGUAGGUACUCCCCAUCUUUGGAGAGGCAGAGGUUCACUCCGUUGCGGAGAGGUGACAGUGCAGGUUACCCUCUGGACACCAGGUAUCACAGCACACUGUCACGCAUUGCGAGUGCCGCCGAUGAAGAAGCCAGUGAGACUGCAGCUUGUGAGGAAGCAGCCAAAGAAAGCACAGAGAGCAAAGAUGUGUCGAGUGAAGGAGCUGCAGGGGAUGUCGCAGAAAGUAAAGCAACCUCUGAAGGCACUGACGCAACAAAGAGCUGUGCAGAAUCGACCGGUGAGGGCUGCCAGGCCUCUAAAAAAAAGGACACAGAAAGCACAACAAGCCCGUCUUUGACCACUCUUACUACAAAGACAAGCCACAUGAAUCCGAGAGUCGACAACAGAAACAACAACAGUAGUCAAGCUAUUCUAUCAGAGGUCUCCCUGGAGGCAGAGAGCAGCCUGUCGGAAAAGCUGGCUGUGUCAGUGGAAGAGAGGCUCUACGGUGGUCUGCGCAGUGCAGAGAAGCUUGGCCAGGGAGGGACAGAGCGUGUGCUUACCGUGUCACACACAGCCUCACCUGGCUUCAGUCCCAUAUAACUUGUUAACAAGCCCAUCUUCUUCAUCAACUUUAUUUCAAAUCCAUUAUCUAUAGACGACAGACUCGAACAAAAUGGUUUAUAGCACUUCAAACAUCAUCUUGUGUUAGAUACUUGGUCAGUCUGUGUCCCUUACAUUUGGACAACAUAACUGAUGCAUCAAAACACAAAUAUAUCCUAAAGUACAGAAGUACCUUCUUUCUCGACGGCCAGUCUCUUCCAGCGUUUCCAUUCAGACCUUAUUUUCCACUGUGAUGCCAUGUGAAAUGUGAUGCCCCCCUCCCUUUUAUAGAGUGCUGCAGGGAUGAUGUUUAUUUGUGGGCCAACAUGUAAGUUAGCGUGGCCCUGGUUCCCUCGGGGAAAAAAAGGCCUAUGUGAUUUCUCAGUUGGGUUUUGGAUUAUUGCAGAAAAUAAGGUCUUUGGCAAACAAACGUUUAUGAUACUUACGUGUUUUGUUCUGAAAGAUAAUCAUGACAAAUGAGCACCACUUUUAUGAUUUUUUUCUAAGCGUAAAUGAAAUCUCCAGAAGUAAAAAGGUAACAUUAGGCUAUAAAAGAACAACACCAUGGUCGCAUGGCCUCAAAGUUGCCACCACAACAACGCUGUAAAGCUGUGGGCACAUACAAGCUGAAAACAUUGUGCACCAUUUGCUACAGUUUCCAGGUUGAAUGACAUGUUUUCUUAAAGAAAGCUUGGUGGUUGCGUCAGAGGUGUUACCCCAUCAGCAGCAGCGUCUAUAUAAACCAAAUUUUUGCAGAUCUUUACUUAUUGUGCAUAACUUUUUUGUUAUUAUGUCACACUUGCUCUGGCAAUGUAAAAUAUGUAUCCCAUGUCAAUAAAGCCCCUUAAAAUUAAUUUGAAUGAAACCCUGCAAUAUUAAAAGGCAGUUCACCUGCGUAUCACGACAGGGUUUUCAAGGCACCACCGUUUCAGAUUAAAUAAACAUUCUGCUAUGUUUUUUCAGGGCAGAAUGCACCCCAUUUUUGGCAUGAUGAUGUUCUGAACUCUCAUUAAAACAUUUGCUGACAACCUUUUUUUUUUUAAAAAAGACAUGUAAAGGCCUCAAGGAGUUUGGUAUUAACGGACAUGUUUUAUGUCCUACAACAAAACAUGUAAAUCUCUUACGCUUGUGUUACUCGCAGACCUUAUUUCAGUCAUCUACCCAAAAACCCAUUAAGAAAACCAAUGACUUUGAGAUGAGGGAACAGGGAGUGCUAAAAUGCUAACCCAUUCCACAUUCUGGGACUCAUUCCCGCAGAGCUCUAUUGGUACCCUUUCUUAAAAUCAAUGAGUUCAUUAUAUAGCUUUGAAAAUAUAGCCCCAUCUUUAGAAAAAAAUAAAUAUUUUCAGACUUAACUGUGAAUUUUCAGCAUGCUACUGUAUGUCCAAACAAUGUGUAUGUGAAUACUGUACAGUUUUAACUUAAAAACAAAAAGCACUUUGACGGGAAGAAAGGUAACGGUGGAGUUUCUGUCACCCAUUUCUCUCAUUUUAAAAAAUCAUAUCCUCCUCAAGUGUCCUUCUUGUCUCGAUCACCAUGAGGGUAAAUGUCUCCAUGGAAGCUUGUGGUUUCUGCAUUUGGCGAUGGGAAGUACACUGAUCAUGUCACAGCCCUCUAUCAUUAACGACAUAUCAGCAGAUCUAGUGAAUACACACAUGGAAUGCCCAGACUAUACAGAUUAAAAACACUGAUCUAAAAUAUGUGCAUCAAGAAUUUUUUAUACUCAUAUUUCAUCUAUUUUUAUAGGAUUUUUGUUAGUCAUUGGUCCUGUUAUUUAUCACAAUUAAGGAGGAGGUAUCCAGGAGCUUCCGUGGGCUCGGGUGAAAUGUUGUCUUACUGCUGGGACUCUGCUGAGGGGGAGACUGACAGAUGAUACUUAAGUGACUGACACAGGAGCCUCUCAGGCUUUCAGACAGAUGGUCCAGUGACACAGAGUUGAGGCUGUGAAAAUGGAGGUUGAAACUGAAUAGCGGAGCCAUUGUCUGCUCCCACACCGUGGCAGAAUGGGAUAUACUUGCUCUGUAUUGCUAAAUAAAAGAUAAGUCUGGUGAUAUUCUGUUUUUCUUAUUGUCAACAAAUGGCCAAAAGGCCAAAACUAAAAAAUAAUUAAUCCUACUUGUGUAGACAAAGCCUUGUAUAGCUUAUUCCUCACCAUUGUUGUCCAUAAACUAGGGAUGGGCGUAUUCAAGUUCUUCCUUUAAACUAAUAUGGAGUAGUGGCAAAACAAACAAGUACAAUUUUACAUUCAUAUUUUUAACAAACAGGCUUAAAUUUGCUUAAUAAACUAUAAAUUCAAGGUUAGC